AUGCCUGUAAAGAAAAGAAUAAGAGAAUCUGAAUCAGCAAAGGUUACUGCUCUCUUUAAGAAGAAACGUACUCAACUAAAUGAGAAUGACAAUGAAGAUGUCCAGAAUAUAUGGCGAAAACUAAAUAACAUUAGUACAAAAUAUGAAGAUUCUGGUAAAAACAUAAAGAAUAGUCUUUUGUUUGUAACGUUUACUCAAAGUUAUUCAGAUAACGAUAUUAGUAAUUGUAUAACUGCAUUGCACCAAUACAUCGAUGAAUCAAAGUUACAAUUUAUUAUACAUUGUAAGCAUAAAUUUGUCAUUCUGAAAACCUUUAAUAUCUUAGAUUGCUGUUUAACAUUAACAAUUUUGUUUGCAUUUAAAAACAAACGUUGGGUUUCUAAAAAUACAAAUAAUUACUUCUCUAUAUCCAAAGAACUAGAUAUAAGAGGGUCGUUUUAUUUGUCAGAAAGAACAAAAUUGGUUGAAGAAGAGAAUAAUAAUAUAAUUAUGAAUAAAAUUCAGAAAUCAACAUAUUCCUGUAUACAGCACUUCGAUGAAUUUCAUAUAACUGAAGGAAAAAAUAUACUAAAAUUUAUGGAUACAUUGAGUAAAUUUUUUAUUAGUCUUAAAUUUUCAAAGAAUAAUAGUAUCAUAAAGGCCUUCACUCGUUCGUAUACUAACUUCGUGACAUCAUUGGACACCCAUAUGACUGAAAUGGCAUUGGAUCCCUUUAUGUUGUAUGAUCUCGAACACAUAAUAUCACAAAAUAAACCUCUAAUAGAAGAAUCAAAAAAUCAUAUUGCCAACUACGCCAAAGAACUAACACAAUACACUAAAGGCAUAGUGUUAACAGAAAAUGGUAGUGGAAAUAGUACUAGGAAUACGAAUUCUAGUGAAAGCACAAUUGAUGUUGAAAAGUACAAUAAUGAAGAACACACUACACGUAAUCCAAAGCAAACUCUAAUUAGAUCAACAUUUAUGACUCAAGAACAAAUUAAAGAUCAUUGUGUUGCAUCAGUUAAAGCUGGUAUGGAUACUAUUAAAGAAAAAUCUCCUUACGAUAUUAUGAAGGUAUAUUUGAAAUGCCCAAAACAAAACUAUAUUGACUUGAUAUAUCAAAACUUAAAUGACCUCACCACAAAAAGUAACUGUAACAUCAUAGUCCUACAUCUAAAUAAUUUGCAUGAAUCAGAAGAUUGGUUCAAAACUCUCGAUAUUUCAAAAUAUACAAACUUUACACAAGUUCCACAUCCAAGUACAGUUCGAAUUGUAAGUAUUGGUGGAGUUGGAGAGCAUAUAUUAAAGGCAUUCCAAAUGAUUUUGGAUAUAUUGAACACUUAA